GUAAUAAUCAGGAUUUGACCAAGGCUCACCCCGAUCCAUUUUUACGAUCAAUGUCCCUGUGGAUCCUUAAGGAGUAUCAGGAUUCGUUAAAUACUUUGCUAAUUGGCAAUGCCGGCUCUCAGCAUCCUGCCAAGGACGAGGACUCCAAAGAUUCAAACCAAGCAGAUCCUAAUGUGUUCAACUUUUACACUUAUCUGCGCACCCACCCUUUGUUAAUCAGACACCAUAUGGCAAAUUAUGGACAGAGAAAGGUCUGGCUUCCAACUGGGAAACAGGUUGUUGUUGAGGACUCUAUUACUCCUGCAGAGCGACAAUUAUAUUUCACAACAGCUCAUGGUCAUUUUAGGGCUGGAUGCCCAGCUUUGGCCUUGGAAGUGUUAUCAAAAUUACCUAUGAUUGUCACUGAUCCGUUUAAAGUCACACCAGUUACUACACCACAGGAGAGGACGUCAGAGGUGCAGAUAAGUUCUGGAAUUUUAUCUUGGGACAGCAAACCUAAUUUGACCGAAGAUAAACCCGAUAAUUUGGACUGGGGUGCCCCCGUUAUCGAUUUUGCCACCAAGACUGACGAUUUGAAAUUGGAUUGGUCAGAUGAAGAAAAAGAGGAUUCCGAUGAUUCAGAAGGUGGUGGUUUAAGCAUGAAAAUUGGUAACAAAGAAGACAACGAAACAAAAGAGGAAGAAAAGGUUAAGGGCGAUAGCGAGCAAGAGGGCGAAGUAGAACAGAUUGACAUAAUGGCUCAGCAAUUGAAGUUCAUAGCUUGUCUAAAAAUUCUUAUGGAAGAACUGUCAACACUUGCAACAGGUUUUGAAGUUGAUGGUAUUAAACCUAAACNCAUUUUUAAACUAUGA